UUUGUUGGCUUCACACUAGAGUAUAAUGUAAGUGUAUUUGGAACCUACUUUGAGUGUGAAGGCGUAAAAUGUACCUAGUUAAACUUUACUUGGUCACCAUGGAAACGUUCGUAGUUCAAAGACGCCGAAGUUCGCCGCCAAGUGUGAGCUACACUACACUUGAGAACACCCUUGACCAAUAAGAAACGGAGGCCAUGUGCACGAUGUGCACGUGCAGCGGUUACAAGAUUUUAAUGAACGGGCAAAUUGACAGCUUUUACUUCAAGCAAUAUACUUUGUCAACAAGUGUGAAGCCAUGUUUUCUACAGACCAACUUCAGAUUUCCAAGUGCUUACUAGCUCGAAAUAAACUUAGCCUCUAGUGUGAGGCCAAUUAUUGCCUCUCUUUUAUUUACGCGAGUAAAAUUUACUUACGUUCGCACGAAAAAAUUACUCGUGUUGAUUUGCACUGUGGCGUAAUUUUUACGUGCGUAAAUAAAAUAGAGCAAAUGUAUGUUAGGCCGACGGGUAAACAUUCAAGUUGAGCGAGGUUCAACUUUUACGUUUUCACGCGACCUUCCAUACAUAUCCUAAUUUAUUUAGGCGCGUAGAAUUUACUGACGUUCGCAUAGUCUCAUACUACGUUUUGGUUCUUUCUCAGUCUGAAAUAUUUAACAAACACACUUUCAUUGAAAUCCAGACGGGCUAAGUGUUUUUAUUAGGACGGCGUGUUAACUUUGUUAAAUUCAGUAUUUUAGGCGGUCAGCAGGUAAGACUAUUAAACUCAAAGAAGGAGAGUAGCCUCUCCGCCUUUGCAUGUAGAGAUUUGUCCGACGCUGGGGCUAUCUUGAUUUAUACACCGUUUUUCAGGUGGCCCUCUUUCAAGAAUAAUCCUUACCUUUUUUCGGUUUGAAACCCGACGGGAAACUUUUAAGAGGGUAAACCUCUCAAGCGCUCCUUUCGUCACACUUUUGUAUCCAUAUACACCCGAUGUAUGGAGGGCUAUGCGCGCUACAAGAAUCAUCUCGCGAGUUACGAGGGGAGAUCAUAUAGUGAAUGACAAGAACUGCACAGUGACCGAUGCGACUAUAGAUUUUCCAUAAUUUUUAUUUGUCAGAACGUGCAAAUCUUUUACUUUGUUAUCUGUCUCCACAGAUCAUGUCGGCUCGUGCAUUUCAGUUAGUUUGGAAGCUUUCACCUGCCCUCAGAAGUUCAAGCAGGAUACCUAUUUACCUUGUCUCUUCGCAUUUGAACACAAGUACAGUCACAGCCAACAUUUUUGAGCCUUUGCCUCGAAAGGACCUGAUAACAAGAUUCAAAUCAAAGCUUAGAGACAGGCAGUUCCUCCCAGGCUCCACAGGGGGUGGCUUUCCUGAGUUUUUGGCAGAGCCACGUGAUCUAUUCCCACUCGCUGUGCGAGUAAACGACUCAACAAAGUCUUCUCUUGCCGAGUUGACUGCAAAAUGCAUGGAAUAUGUGGANUUAUCUGUCUCCACAGAUCAUGUCGGCUCGUGCAUUUCAGUUAGUUUGGAAGCUUUCACCUGCCCUCAGAAGUUCAAGCAGGAUACCUAUUUACCUUGUCUCUUCGCAUUUGAACACAAGUACAGUCACAGCCAACAUUUUUGAGCCUUUGCCUCGAAAGGACCUGAUAACAAGAUUCAAAUCAAAGCUUAGAGACAGGCAGUUCCUCCCAGGCUCCACAGGGGGUGGCUUUCCUGAGUUUUUGGCAGAGCCACGUGAUCUAUUCCCACUCGCUGUGCGAGUAAACGACUCAACAAAGUCUUCUCUUGCCGAGUUGACUGCAAAAUGCAUGGAAUAUGUGGAGGAAAAUUUUUCUCGGAGUCCCGCAAUAUUAUUCCGUGGUCUCCCAGCUAAAAGUGCAGAAGACUUUUCAACCAUUGCCCAAGCAAUCCAAGGACAAACGAUGACAUACGAGGGCGGAACAGCAUUCCGUACCCAAAUAGAUAAAGAUGUUGGGACGUACACUGCCAGCAUUGAUCCUCCAAGUUAUACGAUAGAGCCACAUAAUGAAAUGGCAUUUAAUGAACUUUUUCCACAUAAGGUGAUGAUGAUGAAAAGGCCCGAAGCAUGAACUGUCCAGCAGACGAACGUUCAUUUUACCUCUCACAAACUUUCGAAUUGUACCCCUAACUAUAACUACAUACAAAAAAGACAGACGCCAUGUUCAUAGAAAAAUGACCGUCACUAACACCCUCGAAAUACAGCAUAACCCCCCGACUAAGAACCUGCCAUUUCCCAAGCUAGCCUAAAUAGGUUCUUACAUAAGGGGUAAUUAGCACAUUUUUAGGCUAUGAAGGUUCCUGAAAUAGAUUCUUAUUUUCGAAUUAAAACAAUCAUGGUGGCUUAAAGUAUUAAGAUCAUAUAGUGAAUGACAAGAACUGUACAGCUCAUUCCUUCUCUAAAACCUGCAUGCAUACCAAUGCACAUUACAGUUGGAGUGAUAAGGCACCAAUGUCUCCAAAGAAGACCCUGAAUGUUACCUUACUUGCCCAAGUGUAUAGAAUUUUCUUAGCGAUUUUAGAAGAUAACUAGAACCUGUUUCAAAUUUUAGGCUAAACAGGUUCUUGUACAGAGGGGGUCCUAACUGGCAAAUUUUAGCCUAACAGGUUCUUAGUCGCGGGAUAUAUUAAUUUUUCGUCUUUGAACGCAAGAGUUUGUAGUCUGGACAGGGGUAAAAUAACCUACUGAAUGGUUUCAACCCAUGCAGAAGCUAUGUCAAAAGUAUGUGAAAUACGAUUUUUUGCUUUUACGAUCAGGAUUACAGAUGCUCGUAGACUAGAGUUCUGAAUAUUGUACUUCUGUUCAGGACUUUAAUCUUAUAAUCCGGACCAUCAUAUUCCACAUACUUGUGACUUGUUAUUCUGCCGUUAAUUUUUCUUCUCUAGUAAGGUUUUGAGUUUUUUUUCUGCCUUUUUUUAAAGAUUUAAACGUAUAAUUUAUAGGAUAUUCCCUAAGUGAACAUUGCAGCUUAUUUAUGUUAUACACUUUAUACUCUAAUUAACUUUUUGAUAACUCGAUAAUACAUGCUCAACCUCCUUUGAACCAUUUCCUUCCUCGCCCAAGUUAUGUUGAGUUGAUUUGUCAUACUGAGUUUUUGUUUCUGUGGAUAAACUCCUAUGGUGUUAUAAUUCAAAUAUGAAACAAUUUUCUCAGAACUUUUGCACAGUACUAUUUAUUUAAAUUUUUACACUGAAAAACGUAAAAACGAAGUUUGAAAUAUUUUUGUGAGUUUCCAGCUUAGCCUCUGUUUAGUGUGAAAUGGGUGACGAGUCUUCACCAGUUUACAAUGUUUCCCUCCUUUUUUUCUGCUAGCGAAUUAAAAAUGAACGUUACGUGCAAAAGUACUACAUCUCUUACAUGUCCCUCAUUAUCACUGCCUUAUUUCUCUUGAGCAUCUACAAAUAAUCUGACUUUGUUUCUUCUCGUGUAGGUUUUCUUUUUCUGCUUGAAGGAGCCUGCAGAUGGCUGUGGUGGGGAAACACCAUUAGUGAAAAACAGCGAGCUUAUUUCCAAACUGGAUCCCGGAAUUCUGCAGAAGUUUGAAGAGAAGCAGAUCCGAUAUGUACGAUAUUUGCCUGAUAAAACUCGCCAUGAGUAUAUGAACUGGCAACACGCAUUUGCAACUGAGGACAGAGAGGUAAAACAUUGGGGUCUGUGUUGUAAUUACAAACCGGAAUACAGAAACCCAUCACCUGGAGCGGUAUUUUCGUAUUUAAUCUGGGUCACAACGCCUUAAAUAAAUUUUUUAGUCUACUGUAUUUGCUUAACUUUCGGCAAAUCAAUGCAAAGUUAGGAUUUUCCCAAAUUAAAGUGAGGGUCAAAUGGGGAAGGAAAAGUCAAGCUCACUCUCAGUUUUCAUUCGCUUUGGGCCAAGCCCGAAACAAAGCAGAAAGUCCUGGGAACGAGGUUGAAAAGAUCGUUGCAGAGCCUUUGAAGAGAUAACAAAGAAGCCUCCACAACUGCCGAGUUGAACAAAAGAACUUGACCGAAAGAAAAUUCUUUAAUUAGACUGAGCGACUAACACUUUGGUAGAAGCUGAUGGAGAGUAUGGCCGUAUGGGCUCCUGAACAGUAAGCGUUUUUAUCUUCAGUUGAAUUAAUUCAGGUUUUUCCAUCAACCUUGUAGGAUGUUGAGCCAAGAGCAAAGGAUCAAGGCUACAAUGUCACAUGGGAUUCAGAUGGAGAUCUGUACCUUUGGCAAGUUAGGCCUGCCUUUAUUCGGCACCCGGUGACAAAUGAGAAAAUUUGGUUCAAUCAAGCACAUUCUCACCAUGGUUCGUACUACAAAGCGAUGCCAACAUUUUACGGCCAAGAAAUCCCAGAUGAUAAGUUCCCAUGUCACGUGUACUAUGGUGAUGGCAGCGUGAUAGAACCAGAAACAAUACAACACAUUCGAAUAAAAUCCUGGGAAUGUGCAGUUGGAUUCCAAUGGAGAAAUGGUGAUUUGUUGGUGUUAGAUAAUCUGGCUGUUCAGCAUUCUCGAAUUGGUUUCACAGGAGAUAGAAGGAUGCUUGCUUAUUUGACUGCUAAUUGAAUGGUAACAUAGCCUUAUCUGAAUCAACCUAUUCUGCUGACUGUACGAGGGGAAAAACGGUUAGAUCACAGAGGCAAAAAACACGAAUUAAUCGCAUUCUGUAGGCUUGGCUUGUUUAGUAGGGGUUAUUUAGUUUUCGACUGGGUCAAUGUUUUGUUUUCCCUGACCUCCGCUAUCUGUGGGUUUCAGUAAUAAAAUUUAAAAUUGAAGUAUUUUAUAGUGCUUGAAAGAGCAGUUCUAAUCUUUUGAAGGGAGUGUAUUCAAGGCUGUUGCUCGAAUUUUGGUUCCUUUUUAUGACCAUCGGCUAAGAGAUGGGGUUAACAACAAUAACUUACAACAUCGAUUUAUUUAUUCACAUUUCUCAAUUUCCUAAUUUAAUAGUUUUUUAUGUAUUGUAUUUUAAAAAACAAGCGUUUUAUAUAAAGGUUUAAUUUGACUAAAUAUAGGGGCUUAUUUUUUUCAAGCACUUUCGAGGGGGGGAGGGGGGGCUUAUGUAAUUUAGCAAAACGCAUCAACGGGAGCAAGGUUUCUCGAGGACGGACUUGUGGUUCCCGGGCGUUAUACUGCUUUUUCUAAUAAUAAGAAAAUGUUAACAAUUCUCCACAGAGAACUAGAGCGCAAAGUUGAAACAAUAAAGCACAUGAAGUUGGAGGUCAUGCGGCAGAAGACCAAAAACAAUAUGAAUUUUCAGCUUGAAUAAACCAUAACUGAUCAGUCCACGUUAAUUGUUUGUGAAGAAUAAGGAUGGAGGGGAGGGAGGAGGGGGGCUUAUUAACUUUCCUCCUUUAAAGAGGGGGUACAGUAGUAAAAAAAGUAAAGAAAUGCCUAAGGCC